CUUUAAAAGCUUCAACCUCUAUAAACAUUCAACAAGAAGAGAAUCCUGAGAUCGAAUUGAAAUUUCUGGUCCUGGGCACCGUUCUUAUACAGCCGAGCUGUUAAAGCAACUCUUUGGGUCUCUCGGUACAAGCUUUCGAUCAAAGUUCCGACCUUGAUGAAAACCCUUGUCUCUCCUCUAUGUUCUUGCGAAAUGGGUGCCGAGGAAUCCGGUUGCUCACUACACAAUCUUGGAGCAAGACAACAUGGGAUCCCGUUCUGUCACUGCAACUCAACAACCCAUCUCUUGUUUUGCUGGAGAAAUGCAGUUCGAGGAGCCAAUUCAAGGAGAUUUUGGCGCAGAUCAUGCGUGUCAAUCUCAUACGCGACACAUUCCCCAUGAGCAGGCUCAUCUUGUUCUCCGCAAUCACCUUUCCGGAGAAUAUCGACAUGGCAAGGCUCCUGUUUCAUCACUUCACUCCAAACCCCAAUGUUUUCGUCUACAACUCCAUGAUUUCUUCGGUUUCGAUCUCAAAGAACGAACGCUUUGAUUUGUAUAGUUCUAUGCUUGGGAAUCAUGUUUGGCCCGACAGGCAAACGUUCCUGUACCUCAUGAAAGCGUUGAAGUGUUUGUCGGAAGUGAAGCAAAUCCAUUGCCAUGUAAUUGUCACUGGGUGGUUGUAUUUUUGCAAUUAUCUGCGGAAUUCUCUGGUGAAACUGUACAUGGAGUUGGGCGGUUUGGGUUCGGCGAAUAAGAUGUUCGUGGAAAUGCGUGAACCAGACACAGCUUCGUAUAAUAUCAUGAUUGUCGGUUAUGCCAAGAAGGGCUUUGGUUUAGAGGCACUGGAACUGUAUUAUAAGAUGAUUGGCAAUGGCCUCGAGCCUGACGACUACACCAUGCUAAGUCUUCUUGUCUGUUGUGGGCAGUUGGGAGAUGUUCGGCUGGGAAAAUCUGUUCAUGGAUGGAUCGAGAGGAGGAGAUCCUCGGCUAAUUUGAUUCUGAGCAAUGCCCUUUUGGACAUGUACUUGAAAUGUGAAGAAUCUGGUCUUGCAAGAAGAGUUUUUGAUAAGAUGUCUAAGAAGGAAACCGUUUCUUGGAACACCAUGGUUGCAGGGUUUACCAAGUUGGGGAACAUGGAAGCUGCUAUGGCUAUUUUCAGACAAAUGCCCCAAAGGGAUCUCGUUACGUGGAAUUCUUUGAUUUCUGGUUACUCGCAGAAGGAUGGCCAUCAAAUGACCAUGAGAGAAUUGUUCCAUGAAAUGGUUGUAGCCGAGAAUGUCAUUCCAGAUCAUGUUACAAUGGUGAGUCUGAUCUCUGGAGCUGCAGGGGCCGGAGAAUUGUACCAAGGAAGAUGGAUACAUGGCCUGGUGGUACGGAUGGAAUUGAAAGUAGAUGCCUUUCUGGGUUCAGCUCUGAUAGACAUGUACUACAAAUGCGGAAGCAUCGAUUGGGCUUUCACGGUUUUCAAUACGGUUUCUGAAAAAGACGUUACCUUGUGGACAACAAUGAUUACCGGAUUCGCCUUCCAUGGAAACAGCCAACAAGCUCUGCAACUAUUCCAAGAAAUGCAGGAAGAUGGCAUAAUGCCAAACAAAGUCACGUGUCUCUCUAUCCUUACAGCCUGCACUCACAGAGGACUCGUAGAGCAAGGCCUACUCAUUUUCAACACCAUGAAGGAGAAAUUCGGCAUUGAUCCUGAAAUCGAGCAUUAUGGGAGCUUGGUGGAUCUUUUAUGCAGGGCAGGGAGAUUACAAGAAGCUAAAGACAUCCUUCAAAAGGAGAUGCCUAGGAGACCGAGUCAGUCAAUAUGGGGAUCAAUUCUAAGCGCUUGCAGGGAAAAAGGAGACAUCGAAACUGCAGAGAUGGCUUUAACAGAGUUACUGAAGUUAGAACCCGAAAGAGAAGGUGGGUAUGUUCUGUUGUCCAACAUAUACGCAGCUGUUGGGAGAUGGAGACAUUCUGAUAAAGUCAGAGAAGUGAUGGAGAACAGUGGAGUGAAGAAGACUGCAGGAUACAGUAGUAUAGUUGGUGAAGGCGGGGUUCAUCAUAGCUUUGUGGCUGCUGAGAAGCAGAAUCAUCCCAGAUGGUUGGAAGUCAAGGGAAUGAUUCAGCUUCUGCACUAUGAAAUGAAGUUAGAAUUUGAUCUCUCUCUGCAAUGGAGAUUGCUUAGCCAUUCAAGCAAAAAUGAUUCCUAAAAAGUUUGUUUUUUAGGGUAAAGGGUUUUUCUGUAGUGUCUGAAAAGUUCAUCUGAAACAUAACCAUCUUCUCGCAAACCACUAAAAUUUUCCCGGAA